AUACGCAUCAUGUCACCUGUCAUAAUGGAGUGGAGCAGGUGUACAUCUGGACCCACCUACAAAGUAAUUAAAUGAAGACCGUUUGAUACAAAACAGGAAUUUUAUUCUUGUUUCCUCACUGGCUUCCAGUCAAACUUACACAGAAACAAGUUGCUACCCACGGGAGACGUCAUAAAAGGGUGUGAUUUAAGAGAUUUAUAUCUUUCAGUGACUUAUAAGAAGCAUCCACAGUACUGCUUAGUUUGCUGAGAAGGGUCACACUGAUGGAGUACACAGUCAGGAUCGAACCCGACGCCUCUGCUGAUGGCAUUUACAUUCAGCUGAAAAAUGGAGAAAAGCUGUCUGGAGAGGUCAGGGUUACAGGACAAAUGACAGUAGUUUUGUCAAACUUUGACAAAAAACCACAAGAAAUCAUCAUCCAACGGAAAACAUCUUUUUUUAAAAGGACAUUCACGACAUUUUACUGCAAAUACAUUGAGGUGCAGAGCUUGGAAUCUGUCUUCUACUUUCCAGUCUUCAAAAACAUUUCCACCACAAAGGGGACCAUAGCAGAAGGCUCAGGAAAGCUGCCUUGGGAAGAUGAUGAGGAGAAGAGAAUAGAAGGACUGGAAGAGAAGAAAAAACUCCAAGCCGCAGUUGAGAUGACAGAUGAGCAAAAGAAGACCGCAUCCAGGGCUGCAAGUUUAAUGAAUCCAACCAUAACUCACCAGUACACCCCGAAAGAGAAAUUAAGGAACCUGAUCCUUGGUGUGAUCCAUUAUCUUCUGAUAUUUGGACAGAAAAUUUCCAAAGAUGUUGAAAAGAUCCACAAAAGUGGUCUUCCAAGCUUUGUGAAAGAUGGUGACUUCCUCAAGCUGCCAGCAUACCUGUGGUUCGGCCCCUAUAAACUUCUGACAUUAAUCAAAAAUUCCGUGGUUGUGGCUAUUCAGACUGUGCUAAGGAGACGUAGUAAUUUUGGACGCGGAUGGAGAAAGAUUGAUGACAUCAAAAGAGUGCUUUUAUUUCCAAGUAAAAAAGCAGAGUACAUCUCUGAAAACUGGAAGGAUGAUGCCUUUUUUGGGAGUCAGUUCCUUAACGGAUGUAACCCAGGAAUGAUAGAGAAGUGCACAAAAAUCCCAGAGAAAAUUCCGGGGAUAUCAGACGUGUGCCCUAACAUCAGCGAGCUUAUCCAGAAUGGGAACAUUUAUAUGGUUGAUUAUGAACUGCUUGAUAACGUUAAAGAGGGCAUCGUUCAUGGCCAUCGACAGUAUCUGGCUGCACCAAUCGUGCUUCUUCAGGAGACGGCGCAGGGACUGAUGCCCAUCGCCAUCCAGUUGAAACAAAAGCCUGGUGANCGGGAUGAUGCCAGGCAAAUCUGGGAUGCAAUAUCUGAGUAA